GAAGGCGGGAGGGCGCGCGCCGGGGCCGCCUGCUCGCUCCCUCGCUCGCUCGCUCCCUCCCUCCGCCGGUGGGUUAGUCAGUCCGUCAGUCCGCCAGCAGCCGGCGGGCCCGCGAGCCGCAGAGGGCCCGAGCCGCGGACGCCGGCGCCUCUUCCAGCCAUUGUUCGUCGGGCGGCUGCAGCGGCGGGCGCGGGAGCCCGGGCCCCAGAGCCACCGCAACGUCAUGACAACAGAAAAGAGUUUAGUGGCUGAAGCUGAAAAUUCACAGCACCAAGAACAGAACGAAGAGGGAGAGGGGGCCACAAACUCAGGCCAACAAGAAACUCGGCUGGAAGAGACUUCUCAAGCGGCCGCUGAGGGAGAUAAUCAGUGUGAGCAGAAGCUGAAAACAUCUAAUGGAGACACUCCGACACAUGAAGACUUGACCAAGAACAAGGAGCGGACAUCAGAAAACAGGGGCCUGUCACGGCUGUUCUCCUCACUUCUCAAAAGGCCUAAAUCUCAGGUCUCUGAGGAAGAAGGCAAAGAAGUAGAGUCUGGUACAGAGAAAGGUGAAGGAGGUCAGAGAGAGAGAGAAUUUGGAACCAGUCUUGAUGAAGAGAUCAUUUUGAAGGCCCCAAUUGCAGCUCCUGAACCUGAACUCAAAACCGACCCGUCCUUGGAUCUUCAUUCAUUAAGCAGUGCAGAAACACAGCCUGCUCAGGAAGAACGCAGAGAAGACCCAGACUUUGAAACUAAGGAAGAAGAAGGUCUUGAAGAGUGCUCUAAAAUAGAAGUGAAAGAAGAAAGUCCUGAAUCUAAAGCAGAAAGAGAAUUAAAAGCUUCCCAGAAAUCAAUCAGAAGACACAGAAACAUGCAUUGCAAGGUUUCUUUGUUGGAUGACACAGUUUAUGAAUGUGUUGUGGAGAAACAUGCUAAGGGACAAGACUUGCAUAAACGAGUAUGUGAGCACCUCAAUCUUUUGGAAGAAGACUACUUUGGUCUUGCCAUUUGGGAUAAUACAACCUCUAAGACAUGGCUGGAUCCUGCCAAAGAGAUAAAAAAGCAGGUUCGUGGUGUCCCUUGGAAUUUCACAUUUAAUGUAAAGUUUUACCCACCUGACCCAGCACAGUUAACAGAAGAUAUAACAAGAUAUUAUUUAUGUCUGCAGCUUCGGCAGGACAUAGUUGCAGGACGUCUGCCUUGUUCCUUUGCAACCUUAGCGUUAUUAGGUUCUUACACCGUCCAGUCUGAGCUGGGAGACUAUGACCCAGAACUCCAUGGUGCAGAUUAUGUCAGUGAUUUUAAACUGGCCCCAAAUCAGACCAAGGAACUUGAAGAGAAGGUCAUGGAACUGCAUAAGUCAUACAGGUCCAUGACUCCAGCUCAGGCCGACCUGGAAUUUCUUGAGAAUGCCAAAAAGUUGUCUAUGUAUGGCGUUGACCUUCACAAAGCAAAGGACUUGGAGGGGGUGGAUAUCAUCCUGGGUGUCUGCUCUAGUGGCCUUCUGGUUUACAAAGAUAAGCUGAGAAUUAACCGCUUUCCUUGGCCCAAAGUGCUGAAGAUUUCUUACAAACGUAGCAGCUUUUUCAUCAAGAUUCGGCCUGGAGAGCAAGAACAGUAUGAAAGUACCAUCGGAUUCAAACUUCCCAGUUACCGAGCAGCUAAGAAAUUAUGGAAAGUCUGUGUAGAGCAUCACACAUUUUUCAGGCUGACAUCUACAGACACCAUUCCUAAAAGCAAAUUUCUUGCACUGGGAUCCAAAUUUCGAUACAGUGGCCGAACUCAGGCUCAAACCAGGCAAGCUAGUGCUCUGAUUGACAGGCCUGCCCCACACUUUGAGCGUACAGCAAGCAAACGGGCAUCCCGGAGCCUUGAUGGAGCAGCAGCUGUCCAUUCAGCAGACCGAAGUCCCCGGCCCACCUCUGCGCCAGCCAUUGCUCAAAGUCAGGUCACAGAAGGUGCACCUGUCAAAAAAGCAGGGGUUUCUAAAGCACAGAAGGAAACAGCGGAGGCUGAAGUGAAAGGAGAAGAAGUGCCGCCUGAGCAGGCUGAGCCGGAGCCCACGGAAGUGCAGAAGAAAAAGAGAGAGAGACUAGAUGGUGAAAACAUUUAUAUCAGACAUAGCAAUUUAAUGUUGGAGGAUUUAGACAAGAGUCAAGAAGAGAUCAAAAAACAUCAUGCCAGCAUCAGUGAGCUGAAAAAGAAUUUCAUGGAAUCUGUACCAGAACCACGGCCUAGUGAAUGGGAUAAACGCUUAUCCACUCACUCCCCAUUCCGAACACCUAACAUCAAUGGCCAAAUCCCCACAGGAGAAGGAGUGAAGAAAACCUCUGUCCUUCCCUCGGAAAGAAAGGUUGGUGGGCCAGAGACACAGGAACGUGCUCUGUUAGUGCAGGAUGAAGAGAAAAUUAAAAGGCAAGAGAGAUCUACUGAAAGAGCCUUGCCCCAGCAAGAAAAUGAAGAAAUUCUUCCCAAGGUUUCUAUUCCAAUCCCCGAGGAUCACAAGUCUCUCAAAAAGUGCCACCUCUACUCUAGUACUUUUCCAUAUCCUCGUAUUCCUUUUAUGAUGUCUUUUCUUGUGGUUCUUGUGUUGGCUAUUUGGUGGUUGGUCUUUCUGUGAUCGGAAAACAGGGUGCUCAUCUGAAACGUCAAGACUAAAACCCUUGAACUUUUGUCGUUGGCUUCUGCUGUGUUACCUCCUGUGUGAUGCCCUCUGAUCGUGAUAGUUCACUGUCCUAGAGGAGCUCUUGUGAUCACUUUUCUGUCAAUAAAAUGUCUCUUUGUAGAAUGUGUAUCGUGGGCUACAAAGGAGUAGCAAUGGAUUGCCCAAGCCAGCUUUCCUUGCUGAAGUUUAACGCAUUUAGAUUUAAGCAUAUGGCAGGUUGGUACUUUCCCCAAAAGCUUUAACUCUUCUAUCCUGCAUGUUCUUAUUCUUCACUGUUGCUGUGCCCUCCUCUCCAAUGUUUCACACAAAGCAAGAUACUCUGUAGAAAAAUUUGAUGGGAUAUUUUCCUAAUCUUCUAUAGUCAUUUGUGUGGCAUGGGCUCUGUAGUUUAAGAAAAAAAUUGAACUUGCUAUCCUUUCAAAAGCCUUAAAAUGAUACAUUUUAAUCUAUGUAUCCAUAACCACUCCUUUUCUUGAGAUAUCAAACAAGUCUAUACAAAGGCCUUUUUUGGAAAAGGGCUUUUGACUUCUGUGGCCUUCUUAUGUGUAUAUCUGAGAUGUAUAGGACAAACAACUUUAUCCUGCCUAAUGUAUAGAAGAGAUAUGCAAAGGUUGAACACCAUCUUUUCACAGGUAGAAUGUUGAUGGUUUAAGUAAAAUGGUGCUGGUGCCCCUUAGCCUCCAGCCAGGGCUGAAUUUCCCAGACUGCUCUGCCCAUCUUUAAAAGUCCUGGAAUACAGAGUUAUUCAAGAUCUGUACAUAAACAUCCCCUUCCCUGAAUUAAAAUACUGUGUUACCUCUUUAUAACUUGAGUAAUUAUAUUGCUAAAAGCAAUAUUUAGCCAUUUAAUAGCUUAAAAUAUGUAUCGAUGUAUUUUGUUUUCCUGAUAGACUUCAGACCUGUUUAUCCUUACAUUUGUGUUGAAAUCAAUUGUUUUUAGUCCAUGGCCUUGUGAGCUAAAGUUCUGUUGUGACAAGUAUGUGUCCUCUGUUUGCAUGUUGAUUUUUAAGGCUUCGUGAAGUAAAUAUGAGUGUGCUCUCUCUUCACAACACAACUUGAAUGCCUAAUCUGUUGUUUCUUACCUCAAUAUUAAUGAAAUUUUGCAUGAGGCUUGCUGUUUCUGGCACUUGAAUGUACCAAUGUGGAUAAUUUGGUUAAUGUUGUCUCAAAUAUUGGUUUCGAAAUCUGAGUUCAUAAGGUUAUCAAACUGAGAUUAUUGUACUUUGUUUUACUUCUCAAUGCUUUUCAGUUGAUGAAACCUGUAAACAAGAAUUUUUGUUUUUAAGAUGAUGGCUUCUUAGAGCAAAAAAAAAAGAGAAGAGUAAAGCCAAGAAUCUUUUGUCCUUCAACACCAACCACUAUUGUUCUCUUCUCUCUGGAGACAUGUAGAAAUAAUUCUCUGGUGUUUCCUGACAACUGCUACUCUGUCAUCAUAGGCUUUCCAAAAAAACGGGAAAAGAAGCAAAGAGCGGGUUAAAUUUUAAAAUCUGGUAUAAUUGUGUAUCUUUCAUGUCACAGGCUAUGUCUGUUUAUAACACAUAUUUUGUAAUUAAGCAUAUUUAUUGAUUCACUCAUAAUAAGAAGAGAGAGGCCUCAAAUCAACCUGAAAUAUUACAAAGUUAUUCUCUAACACAGAAAGUGAUCAUCAUAAGUACUCCCCUUUAUCUAUGAAAUAGAGAUGCAAGAGCUUUCCUUAUGAAAUACAGAACUAUAGCAUUGGUUAGAAUCUUUUAAAAUUUUUUCAAGGGACUAAAAAGGAAAUAAUCUUAGAAUUUUAUUGAUACUUUUAUAACUUUCAGGUCAUAUUUCCAGUUUUCAUCCUUGUACAUAGCUUUUUAUUAAUUAUUAUUGUAAAACUUCACCUUGAAUUUUGUUUCCCUUUGUAUUAGAGUUAUUCCAAGUCCGUUAAGAGUCUAGAGUAAGCCAGCAAUCCUUUCAGUUUUCUGAAGUGUGGCAGGAGUUCUCAGAAAUCUUUACUGAUGGUCAGAGGAGAGGCCCUUUUUUCUAUUAAUAGGGUAAGAAUGGUUGAGAAGAAAAGGGCCAAGCCUUCGUAUUGGACUAAGCGGGCCAGUGCAGACUCAAAAGAUAUACCCAUCAGAGUUAUCAGUGGAAAAAUACUGGAUGUUAUACCUUUGUACGACCUAAACUUAAUGCUGCCAAUGUCUGUAACAUAAAGCUGGAAUAAUCUUGAUUUCCUUCUCUCGUCUCAUUCCAUUCUCAACACCAGAGACAGGUCCAAAUAACUGUGUAUCGGUUUUACCCUGGUUCAGCUUCUUAAUGGCAGGUUGAUAAAUAAAAAACAAUAUCUUCUACAGGUAUCAAUACAGACCAGUAAAAAGUCUUGGGUGUUUGCCUUGGUUUUGCUAUUAGUCGUUUCUCUGAGAAGUUCACUUAACUACUUGGUGCCCAGAAUUCCACCUAGUAAUGUAGAGACAAACCUACCUCGUGAGAAUGACUCUGUAGCCUGUUCCAGGAGCCAGAAGCUCUGGCUGUCAUUCCAUUCUUGGUCCUUUGGGGACUGGGAAGAUGGAAAUUAAAAAACAAAAAAACACAGAUUAACUUCUUGGAAUUUUUUAUGUGAAAGUAAGCAAUUAAAUAGCUGUGUUUAUUUCCAUCUACUCCUUUGACCAAGCACUUAAAACUGGUAAAGUUAAAAAAUGUCUUUCCAGAUUCGUCAUCCUCUUAAGCAAUUCAUCUUAUACUUAGGGUGGACCAUAUUUGAAAAGAAACCCAGCAUCUAUAUUUUGGACCUAUCUUUUAGCCAUUUUCUUAUGCUAACACUUGGAAUAUGAAGGAGAUUCCGUUUUCAUAGGUCAGUUUUACUACGUGUUUACAUCUUUGGUAAAAGUUUUGAAGGGAGAAGAUUUUGACUCUGUUGACUAAAAUUAGACUGGGAUUAACUGUGGGUUAGAUUUCCAGUAGUCAUCCUAGAUCCUAGUACAUUUCUUUCUAUUAAAUAUUAUUGUAAAUUUUACUCUGAUAUUUCUGUGGGUAGAAGCCGAUUCACUUUUUCCUACAUUCCUAAGUCACUUCUGUAACUUCCUACAGAUAAGCAUGUAGGACACACUAGGCAUUAGAGGUUUGGUUGUGAUUUAGAAGGCAUUACCAAUCAAAAUUUGUGCUUGGGCUUUACCCAGUGAUCACCUAUUUGCAAAAGGAAGACAGAAAACUCAAAAAGAAUAUGAGACACUUUCUCAUUAUUGCUUUUUUUUUGGUCAAGGGUAUGGAAUAUAUUAAAGAUAUAUAGAACUUCUCUACAGAGUUCUUCCCUUCUGUUCUUCACAGACAUGAUAAAAUUCCAGACUUUUACAACAUUCUCUCCUGCAUUGAGAAAGACCAUUAUAUAAUUUCUAUCAUACAUAGAAAUUUCAUUUUUUUCAUUGCACUCAAACUACCCCUGUUGUUGUAAUUUGGGUACCAGAAACAGAGCCAACUCCUUAGUCUUCUCUAUGAUGCAUGGCCUGUGGGAUGCUCUAUCUGCCUCCUCCACACUGGGCGGUAGUAUCAGUGAGCCUGCUCUCAUGCCUGCUGCUGUUACCCUCAUGCCUCAGGAUCUCCUUUUCUACUGCAGCAGAACAUGACACGAAAAGAAACACAUUGAUGCAGACCUAGGAAUGGUGGAGAAGGUAUGGUUAGGGCGAGGAACCCAUAUAAAGCUAGGCUGGAAGGAAGAGGGGUGGCUAUGAUCAACAGUUACAAAUUCAUGGACUAUUUCAUUUUGUAAACGAAAUUCCUGUCAUACUAGAACUUGAAAGGCAAAAAGAAGACAAAGGAAUUUAUUACUCCCACAGAUCAGAUAUACAGGCUAAACACUAAAUAACUUUAAUAACCUAACUAAAUAUAUAGAUGACAGAUUGUUGAAGAAACAUCUGCUUUAGGAAUGCUUUUCUAAUCUUUUGUGAUUGAUAUCCUAGGGGGUAGCUUCCCCCUUUAUCGUAGUCAAAAAUCCUGUUUGGGGUAAAUAAUAGAAUAAAUGUAACAUUUCAAAGAUGAAGGAGGCGGGGAGGCAGAAAGUCCCAACCAUCUCUUCAGGUCCCCCAAAAACAAUAAAGGAUACAGUUUAGUCUCUCAUUUUCUCCUCUACUGUCUCUUUAAGGAAAAGUCUUCAGAUGUGCAGGAUCUUAUUUCAACAAAACAGAAUAAGAAUUAAGGGAAAAACAUGGUUCCUGCUAUCGAUUCAUUUGUUCACUGCCCACUAGGGCAUUGUAUUACAGCGAUGCAAAGAGUCAGCGUUAUCAGAAAUUUAGAAUCGGACAGGCCCCUCAUCCAACUCCUCUCCCUCCAAUGCUUGAUUCUUUUGUACGGUAUCAGUUAGAGAUUUAGAGACCAAGUGGUGUCCCAGCCUGUGAUUAAAUAUCUCCCAAGAUACAACACGUCUCAUCUUUGGACAUCACUGAUUUUUAUAUAGAAAUCAUUCUUAUAUUAAGUCAAAAUCUGUUUCCCUAUAGCUUUUACUUCUUGGUCCUGAACGAAGGCAUUCUGAAGAAUUUUCUAUUUUCCACAUUAUAAGCUCUUCACAUAGUUAAAAGUAAUUCUCACAGUUGGAAUUAGUCACAAUUCUUGCCCUCAGAUACCUUAUCAUCUAAUAUUCAGAUCUGUCUCAGUCUUCCUCCUAGCAUGUUAUCCUUCCGCUUUCUUCCUUUCUUUUUCUACCUUUCCUUGUUUUAUCAGCUCUUUUUCUUUAUUCUGGCUCUAUUGCCCAUAUUGCUUUCCUAUGGUUUAUUCAGCUUUAUGUCCCUACUCAUUGACUUACCCUCUCUAAAAGAACAUUUUGAAAUUCCUGGAAAUCCCAGCUUCUUCAUAGAUAACACAGGUACUUGGAAUUUUUUUUUUUAGAUAAAAGAGUCGGGGUGGGAUAGUUUUGUAUGUUUGGAAACUUCUUGUAGCCCAGAAUCUGUUGACAAGGUAGCAUCACUAUUAUAUUUUGAAGAAGCACACCACCAGAGCCUGCAUUCUAAGUUUGCUCGCCUUCUUUGAUAGCCUGACUAACCUUUACAUACUUUAGCAUACCCAAGUGAUUUGAUUUAUACUGGUAUGAUAUGAUAAAAUUAUGCAAACUUUAGAUCCCCACCAGAAAAAGUGACAUUAAAAAUUUGAAAUGUUGGUAAUCCGUCUCUUUUAGUUUGUGCCUGUCUUCUCAAAACCGUGAAAUUCUCAAAGGUGAGAGGCCUUGUUUUACUCAUCUCUGUUUGCCAGUCUAUCACCUUUGUAUCUCAGAUAUAUAAUAAAUAAUUAAUAUUUAUUAAAUUGAAUUAAAUGAUUAGUCACAGAUGGUUAUGAAUAAACUCUAACUUUUCACUUACAAUCUCUUGUAUUAGGACACAAAUUUGUGCCAAGUUAAUUACCAUAUGCCCACUCAGUACCUGCAGGUAGCCCAAAAACCCAAAAAUGGCCCAGAAGUCACCGUCUCUCUUGUUAAUCCUGUAGUAUGGUCCCUGGUUUAUUCAAAGAAUCUACGUGUAUGACUCUAUGGUAGGUGUCAGUCUCUCUUGUUAAUGUCUUGUUAUUUGGUUCAACUAAAAGCUUUUAUCCAUUUACCACAGGUAAUAAUCAACUAUUUUCACUGUAGAACAUAUUAUUGAGACUGGGGUGCUUGUCUGUAUGUAUAAAUUCAUCUUGGAGUGUGAUAUCGUAAGGGGAACCUGUUAUUUGACAAUUUGUAUUUAUCUAAAGUACAACACAGAGAGCACUUUGAUACAUUUGUCCUGUGUUUUACGUGAUAUGAAAACACCAGACCUAUCAAACUCCUGUGAUAUAAGAGUUUUGUGUAUCAGAUAGACCAGGGGUUGGCAAACUUUCUGUAAAGGACCAGAUAAAUAUUUUAGGCUCUACAGGCCAUGUAGUCUCUGUCAUAACUCAGCUUUGCCAUUGUGGAGCAAAAGCAGCAUACUCAAUAAAUAAACAAAUGAACGUGAAUGUGUUCCAAUUAAACUUUAUUUAUGGACACUGGAAUUUGAAUUUCGUAUAAGUUUGUGUGUCACUAAAUACUAUUCUAUUUUUUUCCCCAACCAUUUAAAAAUGUGGCUCAUAGCCAUACGAAAACAAGGAGAGGGCUGGAUUUGGCCUGCUGGCUGUAGUUUGCUGACCCCUGAUAUAGGUCUAAGAACCAGAGCUCUGAUUGAUGACAUUUUCUGCCUUUGUCCUGUUUUGAAGAGCUGUAGCUGUGUCUUAGCAUCUUCAUUCAGUGUUGAAGUAUUUUUGGUCUUGUUUAUGAUUAGAAAUGGAAAACAACAGACAAGGCAUUUGUUUCUGGCUAUCUGGCGGUCAGGGUACAUCUGAAGUAUCUGUAACCACCACAGCACCCCUGCCCUCGUCAGUUUUCCAAAUUGUUCUAUGUUUACUGUGUCCUAACAUAGUCAUUGAUGAAUCCAGCUAACCCUUUUGUUCUGUUUGGUUUUGAAGGGUCUGCCUCCAUUUUCCCCUAAGGAAUAAAGAAACAAUUCCCACAUUCAUCUUCUCUUUAGCCAAGUUUUAGAGCUAUCUAGGGAACAUGGUAAAGAAAGUGAAAUGAUUUUCACUCUGAACUUUUGGUACACCUUAAUGUUUCCAGUAGUUGGAUAUAUUUGAGGUUGGGUAUCUAAGGAAAACAUUUUAGAAGGGUUCCUCUUUCAAAAUAGAGAUUUGUCUGAGAAGAAUUCCCCAAUUCAGGGCCUAUUUGGGUGGUAUUUACCAAUAAGCCAGAAUAAAAUAAAGUUAUAUUCUUUUGGGAGGGUCUUUGCUCCCUGCUUGAUGUGGCUGUGUUCAGAAGGAUUUCUUGAUCUCUAUAGCUUUGGGAGUGCUUUCUAGUAAGUCCCUAAACCUGUGUUCCUUUCAGUUUCCUGGUCCAGGAUCCUUCAGCCCUGAUGCUCGGUUGAAUAAAUUGUUCUUCCAUUAGCAGUUCGGCAAGGUGUAUAAGCCUAAAGAAAUCUGCUAAGAACUUCUCUUUGGAACAUUGUCUUUGAUAUUUUUCUCAUAUUAUUUGCUCUGUUAAUAUGUAAAUUUAUCAUGAAUAAAUCUUAUUGCAAAUCUGAUUCUGGUUGAUACUAGUCAUUAAGGAAAUAGGAGCCACUAAUGUUGUGCAUAAACAGAGCCACUACCAAAAAAAGGAAAAGGAACCUCUGCGUCAGCGGAUCAACAAGAGGUACUGUCAGCCGGUCUUCUAGAAAAGUUCUCUUGUUGUUCCAUGUUUUCACUCUUCUCUGUGGCCCAGUGAUUGUCUUUUGCUCAGUCCUAAAACAGAGAUGACCUAUUGGCAAGUGUUCAGCUCUCAGAAUAUUAAUGUUUUAAAUCAGCUUGGAACUCAUUUGACUUAUUUAUACCAAGUUUUAAAAAUAGCUUUUUUCUAACCAACUUAAUCAGUCACUACAACACAUGUAAUUGUCACAUCUGUUAGAAGUAUUUUUAAUAUGCUGAAUAUGUCUUUGGCUUUGUUUUUUUAAAAAAGCACUCUACAAAUUAGUGGUUAUUAACCCUCCAGUGUUGCCACUCUGAUCAUAUUGAAGAGUGAAGAGUGGAGUGGGUGUGGCUAUGUGGGUGUGAGGAGAGCUUGCUCCUGUAAUGUGGAAUUCACAGAAGGUAUACCACUUUAUCUCUUACUUCACCUUGGGUAACCCUCCUCUCUUAUCUUACUCGCACAGUUCUAGUUUCUAUUGUAUUAUCCAGGUGAUGACAUAAAACCAACACUACAUAUUUGGAAGUGGUCUGUUUACCAGCUCAAAGUAUGUACCUUGUGGUCACAUCUAAGUAAUAUGAAAAUUUUGGAGUCUUUCUCCAAAGCCACGUUCCUUUUAGGAAUAUGUUGAAAAUGUUAACAUGCAAAGCCAUUUUCAUUAUUACAAGAUUUUUCAGGAAGAGAAGACAGUUACUUAGUAUCUAAUAAUAGUUGUCUGUUAUAUUUAGUUCUGUGGAAUCAAGCUGCUGGUUUUUAGAUAUCAGAUGGAGGCAUAAUAUUUUUCUUAAAUGCUUAUUGUGGCUUUAAUCAUUUUUGGAAUUGGGACUUCUGGGAAGUCCUGCCAAAUAUAUUUAAUUAUGUUCCAUACUAAAUGAUCAGAGUUUUUGUACUGCUUAUGGCUCCUUCGUCUCCAUCUCUCCACCUCAACCCUUCUUAAUAUAGUGAAAUAAAAUUGACCGGCCAAAGGCUUCUGUCUCCUAGACAUGUUUAGUUAUCCUUUAAUAUUUGCUCAAUUACUUUGACCUCUAUAGCUCUGUUUAGGUUUGAGAACACUCAUUUCAUCUGUGGAGUCCUUGCUGGUGAGUGCAGUGUUAAGGCAAAAUUUUCUAUUACCUAAUAGUUAAAAUUUUGCAUCAGGCACAGAUUUUGAAGCUGUUUGCUUUUACAUUCACCUAUUCUGGGGAUAAUCUAAUAACAGUACUAUUUAGGAAAUUAUAAAAACUAUGUUUGAAGGAUAAUUGCUUUGGCAAAUUUCAUUUGCUGGCAUUUGUGAAAGGAUGCACUAUGGAGUAAUUUUCUUAUAAUAAGCAAUUUUACUAACUAUAAUUUAAUAAAAAUCAACCUCUUCCUAAAGCUCCUUUAUCCUGAAGUCAUCUUUAUAUGCCAGAGAAUAACACUGGACCAUGAAAAUGAUUCAAGUUUCGUGGAGAAGCUAGUGAGCACCACCAGGAUGUAUUUCUACUUAGGGGCCGAUAGCAUACAAACUUUAUUAAAAAAAAAAAAAGAAAGAAAAAGUGAGGUGGGGGUAUAGCCAAGAGAGAAAACUUAGAAUGAAGAGAAAUGUAUUGCAUGAUAAAGAGUGACACCCUAGAUAGGAAAGAUAGAAUUUUUAGAUCAUCUUUUGCUGGCCACAUGGUUUUCCUGUUGUUAGUUUAUCCCCAUCUUGAGUGUUUGUGAUUCUAAUGUCUUUUUUCAAACCGCCUGUUGGCCUGAGUUUUCCGCCCAAAGUGUACCAAAACUAUUAUUUAUGAGGUUUUUGGGGACGGGGGGCAGGGGGUGUUUUUCUUUUUUGGUAAUUUUUGUUCUUUCUUCAUUUGUUUCCUUUUUUGGCUGAAGAAUGGGCUACUGCUGCUUGACUUGUCAUCUUUAUGUGCUGUUUACACAUGGCUUUUACAAAAGAAGCCAUUACCACAUCUGAUUUAUCUUUUAUUGCAAGUGCCCAUUUAAAAGCAUUUGUGUUAACAAAUUAAAAAUAAAAAUCACCAGGUUAAUGUUCCUACAUUAUUAUACAACCAAGGGAAACACUGAUAUUAAUUUUUCAAAAUAGGAAUAAUAUUACAAAUAUUGAUAAUAUAUUAACAUAUGAAGACUUUUGUUUUUUAGAGCUUUUCCCUAAGGCAUUUAAAGCCAUUCUUUGCUGAGACAUAAACUUGCCAUGUAGCAGAGAAGAAUGUAGAAACAAAGCACUCGCAAUUAAUUGAUCUUAUCAGGAUUUUUAGUUUGCAUGUUGCAGACCAUUUGGGGGUGUUAUUUAAAUACACUGUUGAUAGUUUAAGUGACUGUAAUAUUUAUUGUUUACUUUAGUUAAGGACCAGGAGCUGGACUCUUCUGCUGGGCAUCUUCCUUCUGUGCUUAGCAAGAUAACCUCGAUUCCUGCUGGUUCUGUGGGCAUUUGCAGUGCAAAGCGUUUCUUACUGGGUUUGCAAAGCAAGGGUAAUGUGCUCUGUGGGUGUAUGUGUGUCUGUGCGCACCCCUCCCCCUCAAGCCCGCUGCUACCUCCUGUUCACUCCCUUUUUCCUAUCAAAACUUAUUUUUUUAAUUAUAUAAAUCUUAUUAAAAAAUCUAAUGAAUUUCCCAACCCUCUUUUUCUGACGUACAGAAACACUGAUAAAAGCAUUUUAGUGUAUUAGUGUUAGUAUUAGUAUUAACUUUCCCUGAGGUAUUUGCGUUUCAGCGGGCCACGGAGUCAUUGUAAUGGUGAUGGUGACGUUAUAGAGUAACGGCAGUAUUAUUUACAAGGAUGUACAAGUUACAUCCUGACUCUCGGUUUGCUUGGUAGAAUGGCAAAAUAGAACGAAGAGAAUGUGAAAACCAAUGAGAGGUUAGUAGAUGUGGUGGCUUUAGGGUUCCAUUGUGUAAAGUGACUACAGACGUACUAUGCUAAAUCUCAGACUCUCUUUUUUAUAGAAAAUUUAGAAAGUUCAGGAAGCAAAAUCUGUGGGUAGUAACAUAAAACUAUUAAAAAUGGCCUAUCCAGUGUUCUUCAUGAGGAUCUUGGCUCAGGAACAUUUAUUAAAUAUUCUCAUGGUGUACCUAUUUUAAUUCUUAUCUUCUAUCACAAUUUCUUUCUUCAGAGUUCUCCCUGGUGAUGUUCUCUAAAAUAUAAUGAGGACCUGGCCCGGAACUUGCUAAGCUGAAAGGAAGACCAACCUUACUUAAAUCCAUAGGGUUGGCUCACUUCAGGUGCUCAAGAAACGCUUCCAUGUAGGGACUAGAGGUUUUUAUUGCUCUGGUUCAUGUUUCUUUACAAAAAGUAAUAGUUUAAGAAAUAUAGUACAAAGACAAAUAAUAUCUGGUAUUUGCCUAGCACUUCAUUUUGAACACCCUACACAGUUAACCCUCACGUUAGCCACAUCAGGUAGGCAGUGAUGUUCUUGCUUUAUAUGGUGAGACUGAGUCUCCGAGAGUUUCGGAGGCCUGCCUCAGAACUAGCAGGUUUUAAGGGAGAGGACUGGAGCUGGAACCCAGGUCUUUGAUGUUUCAGUCCAGUGACGUUCCAUUAUGCCACAGCUGUCUCCUGAGUCACUGAGUCCCCAGAUGGCAGUGUGGUGAAAGUUACAGAGUGAACUAAAGAGAAUGUUGGGAUUUAUGAGACCCUAAUGAUUUAUAAAACUAGGUAUUAAAAAUGGUUCUCUAAGAUCCUAAAGCCACUGAUGAAUUGAUUUAUUAAUACUGGGCUCCUUUUAACUUGUCUUAAAUCCCACAUUGAGUCAUGCAGAAUGCCCCAGAACCUGAAAUAGGAUCUCUCUCAGUCAUUAGGAACCAGAAGAUGAGGAUGAGAAAUGAGGCCUUGCCUCUUGUUGAGACAGAAGGUCUCAGGGCUUUUGUUUGGCCCCAGGGAUAAUCUGAUUCCUGGUAUUAAAAUCAUUCAAUAAAAAGAUCUGAACUUUUUAGAAGAAAUUAGUUAGUAGUUUCCUUUACGUAUUUAUUGGGGAUAUUUAGAUAGAUCAAUAGUUUAAAUUCCCGU